GCUCAGCUUUUGCCCAUCUACUUCAGAUUUUUCAAAAUUUCUGUAAAAUAUCUAUCAAAAACAAUCUGUACGCCCAGCAUUUUCCAAUAAGUAAAUGGGUGCCGGAACUGAUUGGACACGGAUUUGAAGUAAAUUACUCUCUUUUCCAUUUUUUAAGACCCAUUUUCCACGUCAUUCAAUUACCACUUUGGUCAUCCCAUAUGUUUGAAUAGCUUUAUUGGAAAUAUAAAUAUACCUGGUUUGUCAAAGCAAUACAAAUUCAAUUUAGUGCUAUAUUUGUCAAAUUUCUUUGUUACCUUGCUUGGUUGGCAAGUUGAACUUGAGCCAGACCAAACGAAUAUAGCACUGGGAGUUUACAAUUUAUUCAGAUCGAAGAACAACAAAAAUCAAAAGAACGUUAAUGGCAACCGAUAGUGAAGAUGCCGCUCGCCGGAAGACGGCGAUUCAGGACUACCGGAGAAAGCUUCUCAACCACAAAGAACUCGAGAGCCGAGUCCGAUCCGUUCGAGAGAAUUUAAGAACUACAAAGAAGGAAUAUGCUAAAACGGAAGAUGAUUUGAAGUCACUUCAGAGUGUUGGACAGAUCAUAGGAGAAGUUCUCAGGCCCCUGGACAAUGAGCGCUUGAUAGUCAAAGCCAGCAGUGGUCCAAGAUAUGUGGUUGGCUGCCGCAGUAAAGUAGACAAAGAGAAACUCACAGCCGGCACGAGAGUAGUUCUUGAUAUGACAACUCUCACUAUUAUGCGAGCUCUCCCUCGUGAGGUUGAUCCAGUUGUAUACAAUAUGCUUCAUGAAGACCCUGGGAAUGUAAGUUAUUCUGCUGUGGGUGGGCUGUCAGAUCAGAUCCGAGAACUGAGAGAAUCUAUAGAGUUACCUCUGAUGAAUCCUGAACUCUUCUUAAGGGUUGGCAUUAAACCCCCAAAGGGUGUUCUUCUUUAUGGUCCUCCCGGAACUGGCAAGACAUUGUUAGCCAGGGCAAUUGCUAGCAACAUAGAUGCAAAUUUCUUAAAGGUUGUAUCAAGUGCCAUUAUCGAUAAGUAUAUAGGUGAGAGUGCUAGACUGAUCAGGGAAAUGUUUGGUUAUGCUCGUGAGCACCAACCUUGCAUCAUAUUUAUGGAUGAGAUCGAUGCCAUUGGUGGACGCCGUUUCAGCGAGGGAACAAGCGCUGACCGUGAAAUUCAAAGGACAUUGAUGGAGUUGCUCAACCAGCUUGAUGGGUUUGACCAGCUUGGAAAGGUUAAAAUGAUUAUGGCGACAAACAGACCUGAUGUUCUUGACCCUGCUCUUCUUCGUCCUGGUCGCUUAGACCGGAAAAUUGAAAUACCGCUUCCCAAUGAACAGUCAAGAUUGGAAAUUCUCAAGAUCCACGCUGCAGGAAUUGCCAAGCAUGGUGAAAUUGAUUACGAGGCUGUUGUUAAACUUGCCGAGGGUUUUAAUGGGGCUGACUUGCGUAAUAUUUGCACUGAAGCUGGUAUGUCAGCAAUUCGUGCAGAGCGUGAUUAUGUAAUCCAUGAAGAUUUUAUGAAGGCUGUAAGAAAACUGAAUGAAGCAAAGAAACUCGAAUCGACUGCACAUUAUAAUGCUGAUUUUGGGAAGGAUUAGGAACCAGUUUCGUAUGGGUUAGCUAUGGGAGAGUGGUGUAUCUGCUCUUUUCAGAUGUGUUGCUAUAUGCUCAUUUGGAUUGAAUAUCUGUUCUUGAAUUGAAUAAUUUCCUACAUGUUUUCACGUCUGUUUCAUCCAAUAUUGUGUCUGAAUACAUACAUCUGAUUUCCUCCACCACAUCACUUGAGAUGAAUUUCAUUUCUGUUUGAAUACGAAACUGAAAUUAUAAAUUUGUACCAAAACUGAAAUUAUAGGCUCA